AAAAUAGCCAACUUUGAGUCAUGUUCCAUCAGUAACCACUUCUAUACUGAAGAGUGUUUCUUGAGUAUAAGGGGUUAGUAUUUCUGUACUGUUCAGUGAUUGUUAAAAAGGUCGGGUAUUUAUUUUCUGGCUGGGCAGUAAGUGAUGAGGGCCAGCUUAUUUCUCAGUUCAUCUGUAAUUUUAUCUACUUGGUUGAAAGGGAAAUAUUUUUUUCCAGCAUGCAUGUAGAGAGAAAUGAGGAAGAAAACAUGUUCGUUAGUAUUUACUGUGGUGCUGGCACAGUUAUCAGCGUUGGUCAGCUGUGAUUUGGUCAGGCAGUGGUUGGUACGUACAGAGGUUGAUUAGGCCUUUAGCCAGGAGCAGUUGCUGUGGAUUUAGUCGGUAAGCCCCUUCCCCAGAAGACCCAAAUCCAGCCUCGCAUUCCUCUCUGAUUGGCUGGACACCUGUGCGGCUCCAUAACCGGGUCGCUUCUCUGCCGCAUUAACUCUCAGCACAUGCUUCGAGUGAAUUUUAAAAGGGGGUGGGGGGACCAAAACGAAACACUAAUGGAAUGUAAAGCUAAUCUAAAUAUGUUAAUCCCCAAACACUUCAUAAACAUGGACGCCAGCGGCCCACCACCCACUUUCUGAAGUCAUUCGCUUUGGAAUGUUUUCGCCGCGGGGGUUCUCACAGUAAUGACAAGCUGCCGGUGGAUUAAUGUGGAGUUAUUUAUUUCCGAUUGAGCGAGUCCAACACCCUCCACCCCCUCUGCCCUUCCCCUCCCCCACACAAAACCCAAACCUCCCCCUCUCUCCCUCUUUAGCAGUUCGGCCCAGUCUCCAGUCGCAGACGCUCCAUCGAAGCAGUUCACCCAGCUAACACUGCAAACCCUCUGCUGUCAGGUCUCACGUUGCAUUCUGGGAUGUCUGCAGCCCCUUUACCUGCUCUUAGCUAAUUACUUUUUAGGCCGACGCUCAAACAAUAAUUGGUCUUGUGCUGCUUCCUCCCCUCCUUCUGCUGUGCAGAGUGCUAGUUUGAGCACUUUUUUCCCUCUCUCUCUCUCCGCUGUCCUUAUUCCCCUGUUUUUUAUCGUCCUCCAAAAGCCAUCCAAUUAAUAUGCUAAUGAGCUGAUAAAUAUUUAUAGGCGUUUUAAAUUAUGCAGAGAGCUUUCAGAGCCCGGUGUGAAAUGCGUUGCUCGCAGGACUUCAAAGCCUUGCAUCACUAACGAGGCAGGAGUAGAUUUGCAUACGGCUUUAAUCAGCUGAAUACUGAUUAUGCUUCAUUAUAGAGUUGGAUGGAGGGAAGAAAAGGUGGAGGGGGGGUCGGUGUUGAAGGAGGCCGCCAGCUGCACUUGUCGUUUGUUUCAUUCCAGCAAGAGAGAGAUAGAAAGAGUGAGAGAGAAAGAGAGGGAGAGAGAAGUUUUUCAGAAGUAGAGGCAAUGUUGGCAGCUGAGAGAGGGAGUGCUAGAAAAAAAGGGGGCAGAGCUGUAAGAAAAGAAAAGAGGGGAGCAAGGAGAGCUGUUUGGCUAGACCCUGUUGGCUUUCCCAGUGUGCGUUUCCCAGUGUUGCUCAGCAGACCGUGUGGUAGAGACCGCCACUGUGUCCCUGUGUCUCUGUGUGCUCGCUGCUGACCAGUGGAGAGUGAAAACAAGAGAGAAGGGAGGCAGGAGGCGGGGGACGGAGGGGGAGGCGUGGGAGGAAGGAGUGCGUUCUGGACAUCCUGUCGGUGGGGUUGCCCGGUCGGUCGGGUUGUUCUCGACAGGUCCAGCAAGCAUGCAGGAAAGCACAGGUGGAGCAAAAGCGGAUGCUAAAGUGAAUAAUCAGUCAGAAACUUCUAAAUGUGAAAUGGAAAGUGGUGACGAGAACACCGGAGUCCAAACCAAUGGACUGGACUUUCAGCGGCAGACGGUGCCGACCACAAUCUCUAACGCACAUGCACAAGCCCUCUUCCAACAGUUAACCCUGAGCCCGGCGCAGCAGCAGCUGCUGCUCCAGCAGGCCCAAGCUCAUCUGCUGGCUGCAGCCGUGCAGCAGCAGCAGCAGCAGCAGCACUCCGCCAGUCAGCAGAGCAGCACCACUGGAGCCAACAUCUCGGCCACCGCAGCUGCGCCGAUCACCCAGCUGCCCCUGUCACAGCCCAUCCAAAUCGCCCCUCAGCUGCCGCAGAAUCUAACCCUGCCUCAGUUUGUCCUGGUUCAGUCUGGCCACCCGAUCGCAACGCCGUUGCAGCCCACUCAGUUCAUCAUCUCGCAGACGCCGCCGGCCCAGCAAGGCAUAUUGCCAGCCCAGAGUCUUCUAACUCAACUACCUCAAAGCCAAGCUAACCUCCAUCCGACUCAAACAAGCAUUACCCUUGCAACUCAGCCUGCAUCUCCAACUCGUACGACGGCAACCACCAACAUUCAGAGUCUGCCCCACAGUCAGACGCCCCCCAAGCGGAUGGACACCCCCACGAUGGAGGAGCCCAGUGAUCUUGAAGAGCUGGAGCAGUUUGCCAAAACCUUCAAGCAGCGGCGAAUCAAACUGGGCUUCACACAGGGGGACGUCGGCCUGGCUAUGGGGAAGCUGUAUGGAAACGACUUCAGCCAAACCACCAUUUCUCGCUUUGAGGCCUUGAAUCUGAGCUUUAAGAACAUGUGCAAACUCAAGCCUUUGCUGGAGAAGUGGCUUAAUGAUGCAGAGAAUCUGACAUCUGACCAGUCCUUGUCCAGCCCCAGUGCCCUGGGCUCCUCAGGCUUGGGCAUAGAGGGCAUCAACCGCAGGCGGAAGAAAAGGACCAGUAUCGAGACCAACAUUCGAGUGGCCUUAGAAAAGAGCUUUCUGGAGCAGAACCAAAAACCUACCUCUGACGAGAUCAGCAUUAUCGCUGACCAGCUCAACAUGGAGAAGGAGGUGAUCCGGGUCUGGUUCUGCAAUCGCCGACAGAAAGAGAAGCGGAUUAACCCGCCCAGCAGCGUCAAUAAUGGAGGAGGCAGCACCUCCAUCAAAACCAUCUUUACCCCCAGCAGCCCUUUGGUGGCAAGCACAGCAAGCCUUGUUAGCAGUCCAACUAUUAACACAUCCACCACCCUGACUGUAAACCCAGUGAUGCCUCUCACCAGCACCAGUGUCUCUAGUUUGGCUUUCACAGGCACAACAGUUGGAGGCACAAACACUGCAUCGGUCAUCUCCACCGCACCUGUACUCACCACGUCAACCAGCGCUCCAUCGAUAAACCCAUCCACGACCACUGUUCAGUCCACAUCCACAGACAGCAAAACCAGCGUUCAGGCGCUGGUCACGCAGGCGCCAACGUCCAUAGCGACGUCCUUAGGGACGGGCCAGGUAAUGGUGGCCGCUCCAGGCCUAUCCACUGCCCAGCUGCCCACUAGUGCCAGCUUUGCAGCCAUGGCUGCAGCUGCGGGGCUGACUCCGGGACUGAUGGCAUCAUCCCAGUUCACUCCAGGGGGCGCCCUUCUUAGUCUGACUCCUGGGGGGCUUGGCAGUGCACUGAGUCCUCUGAUGAAUAACAGCACUCUGGCUGCAAUUCAAGCACUGGCAUCGGGCGGCCCCAUCCCCAUCACGUCUCUGGACGGCGGCAACCUGCUGUUCGCCAACACCUCGGCGGCCAACGCGCCCAACCUGGUGACCACGCCGCUCUUCCUCAACCCCCAAAACCUGUCGUUGCUCACCAGCAACCCCGUCAGCCUGGUGUCGGCGGGGGCAGGCGGGCUCCAGGUUACCGCCGACGCCCACCACCAGGCCACCACCGCUGCCGUGCCUGUGCAAGCCUCGACCAUUACCACUGCCUCCAAGGCUCAGUGAAGCCUCGCUCCUGAUGCCUCGCUUCCUGCCGCGAGCACUACUUCCCGUCACGACGGGCGGGGGACACAGGCUUCACUACCCGCCCCCCACACGUUUCACAUUAGAAGUAGAACAUUAUUUAAUGUAUUUGCUGCCACCAAAAAGAAAACGACAUCCAAUGUAAUUGGGCAUAGGUUUUGUUUUUCUUUUUUUUUUUUCUCUCUUUCUUUUUUGUUUUCAAUAGUUCUCAAUAUUUUCUUUCACAAACACUCUUGGCCUGAAAAAAAGAAAAAACAAACUCUGCACCAUCACACUAUUAUGUACAUAUUUCCUCCUACUACGAGGUCAGAAUCACAACUGACACGUCUAACCAAAAAAAAAAAAAAAAAAACUAAAUCUUGUCCCUUCUAACAUUUAAACUUGAGUCUUUUUCACUAAUCUCAAUGUUUUGUCGUGAUAACAAGGGUUAGUACGUCACUUUCUUUCUGUUUUUUAUUCAUGUUUUUGACAGGCCUCAACUUAAAUCAUAUCAAAGUUGUACUCUUCUUUGCAUUUCCUUUCUAUGUACUUUUUUUAGACUUUAAAAUCUAUAUAAUUCUAAUAAGUUAAUAUUCACCUAUCACUUUUUAAUCGUGGUUAUAAGGCUUUAAAUGCAAGUAAUAAGUGGCCGAUUUAAAGGUUAUCAUUGCUUUAAGGGUCGGAGGUGACUGGGUGGGUCUCUCUGCGUCUCUUCUCUGGAAACACUGAGUUUUACAAGUCGCUGUGGCGGUCAAACGGCCUCUUAGCUUUUGUAAAAUGAGGGUCUAGUUGUGGAUUGUUGACACUGACAGAAAAUGGCUCGAAAUAUUUGUGUGAAAAGCUUUUAAAGAGAGCGAGCUGCAGCCACGUAUCCGGACGAGGUGGUUUGGGUUGCAAUGUGCUUUCUGCAGCUCUUCCAGAUCAGUUUCUGGCAGUGUGUGUUUUUUUUUUUUUUUUUCGAGGAGGGGCAUGUACUGCGAGUACUACUGGCUCCAUGGGAUUUUAUUGUGGGUUUGUGUUUUUUUUUUUUUCCUUUUCUUUUUAAUAGUAGUACUGUCAUAUAUGAACUUGUGCACAGUAUCUGUACCAAAAAAAAAACUGGAUUGAUGAGCUGCAGUCUGCCUGAGUUUGGGAGGAAUGAAUACGUACUUUAAGAUAUACCAAAAAUAUUUGUCAAAAUAGUUGCUGUGUGUAGUCAGUGUAGCUUAGUCUAGUCGAUAUAUUUAUGAGUGCAGAAUCUCUCCUCAUCGUCAACAGAAUAUAGAAAUGCAAUAUUUUGAUGACCAUUUUCCAAAGAUAACAUUGUUUCUGUUUUUUGGUGUUGUUUUUUAAUUUGAGUGGCAGCACUACUCGCCAACAGGAGAGGGAUGCGAUGGUUGUGAAAAUUGGUUUCUUUUUUACUUUUAUGAGACAUAAUUGUUCAUUUUUACCACCUGGGCCUUGCCCUCAAUUUUUGGUUUUUCAGAGCCGUUUUCAAGGUAUUCUUUUUCUUUUUUUAUUCUAAUCUGUUCUAGUAGCAUUUUUGAUGUUUUUUCUGAACCGUAGUGGAAAGUAGGCAUGGGCCGGUAUGAUAGACCAAGUUUUACGCUUUUCAGAUGAUCUAAUUUCUUCUUUUUUAAACGCCUUGCCAACUGGCUCGUAGAUUGGCCGACUGUCAUGUCAGUAGUUCCUUGAUAAGAGUGAAGGAUUUUUUUGAGGCUUGAAAUAUUUCCAAACGGUCAGCUGCACAGCAUCACUACUUCAAGUUGCAGAAAAAAGUAUCUGGUAUUACAUUAAACCGACUUUAACCAUAAGAACUGUUUGUAACAGGUAACUGGCCCAUGCCUAAUGGACUUUUUUUGUUUGUUUGUUUUGUGCUAAUAUUCAGCCAUAAAACAACAGCUCGAACCAAAGCGGUUUUACUCAGUAGUUGCUGUGCCUGCCGGAGCACGCAAGUUGCUGUUCACGUGGUUUCUACGAUUUCCCCCGCUCGUGCAAGCAGUUUUUUCCUCUUCUCCAAAUGCCAGAUUCUCCCCGAUUUGGUGCUGCUGGAACCAGAUCACAGAAACUUAGCUUUAACAACUUGCUGCAGAAGCUCCCGACGGGGGGCCGAGCUGUCGAGAGGCCUGCAUGCUUCCUUUAUAGCUUUACGACUACGCCCUGUGGAAGUCGGGGUUAGGUAGUCUCGACCCUCCCACCGGGAGGACUCACCUGUGUAAAUGCAUAAACCCAAUCGUCGGAGAACAUUCUUCAUGUUCGUCUCGGUGUCUCCGCUUUGACCCAUUGUGUCUGUGAACUGGUUGUAAACCCACCUAACUGUUUUGCAUAGCAGCACAUUCAGUCACACCCCACGGGAAGGUAGCAUUGAUCCAUAUCCAAAUGACGACUUUAGUUCCUGCAGUGAUUCUUUUUUUUUUUUUUUCUGUGACUGUAAGUUGUGAAAUUUGUCCACACGAUCCUCCUCCUCGUUUUCUUUUUAAUAAUUGUGACUAAAUAUACCUCAGCAGAAACUUCAACAUAGGUUCACCGUUAGACAUUUCUGGGUGUAGAAUGUAUAAGUACUGUCUGGCUUUCCCAUUCAGAGGUUAUACCGUUCAUAGGAACCAUAACGUUAAAGGACAACCUACUACUACUACUACUGCUAUUUUCUAGUACUACUAUUUAAAGGGUAUUUCUGGGUUUAUGUGUUUUUUUUUGUUUUUUUUGUUGUUUUUUUUGUUUGUUUGUUUUUUUUAGAUCUUUUUUGCCAAAGUAAAAGCCUUUUCUCAUCAAAGCUUUGUGGAUGUCUGGCCCCCUCCAGCCUGCAGGGGGCGCUCAGUUCCUGCCCCCCUCUUUUAAUUGUUAUGUUUCACCUGCACCAUGACGAACCAGCUGGCACCAUAGGAUGUUACUGAAAUAUUUAUCUGAGGAAAGACUUAACAAUUAGAGAAGCAACCUUUUCUGAAUUCUAUAUAAAUAUAUAUAUAAACACGUGUAAGAUAUUCAUAUUUUAUAUUUGAACUAGUAUGUUAUCAAGAUUGAAUGUAGUGUCUAUCAUGCUAACUCAAAAGAAUAAAUCUCCCCGCAGUCUUUUAAUGCUUUAUUCACUUUUUGUUUUGUUUUUUUAUUAACCUGACCAAAAAUAUGAGAGGAAGUCGGUGAGGAUGCCUCUGUUUUUGACCUGAGGAACUCGAGACGCUGAAGCAUCUGACCUUGUUGCUUUAUUUUAUAAUUAUUAUUAUUGCUAAGAUUUUAUUUUUGCGUUGUUGUGAAUUUGAUUUGCUGUGUUGUCUUUAACAAUCAUUUUUCUUUAACUUUUUGGCCUUUCUUUUUGUAUAGCGUGAGAGGAUACGAUACGAUCACUGGCUUUUGUAGUUUGACAAGAGAGGAUUAACAUUAUCAUUUAUGCCUUACUGUUGCGUAGAAGACAUGAGCAUUGUAGCAUUGCGUUGGUGUGUGUGUGUGUGUGUGAGGGCUACUCUGGUGCAUUUCGUUGAAAUGGAAGAUAUCUGGGGCAUUUUGGAGUGGAUUAGUGAUGUGCGUUUUGUUUCGGCCAGGUUGGAAAAUGCUUUACUUGUAAUUCCAGUGGCUCUUUGUGUAUGAAAGUGAGUUUGGGUUGUCUGCCAACCUUUACGGUGCAUUUUCCCUCAUCUUCCAGCUGGUGUAAGGAGUGAUUUUCUUUUUUUCUUUCUUGAAUCAAAAAGUUUGUAAUAGAGAAGUGCUUACUUCUUUUUUUUUUUUUUUUUGACUGAGUUCGUCUACUGAUUAGGCCACAGGCUUCAAGCAGGCCGUUCGCCGAGCUUGCUUUGGGAAAAUCGUACCGUUUGUGGUUAAUUUGUUUGUUCUCUCUUUUUUUUUAUUUGAUAUUCUGAUGAGCUGUUUUCUUGGCUUUUAGUGCUUCACUGUCAGUAGGUGAUCUUGAGACUUCAAGGCGUUCUCGUGGUUCAACCAGGCGACUAUAUUGAGCCCGAUUAUGUCAGUUUGCUGUGGAGGAAGAACAGGUGGACCACCAGUAAGGCAAAACAAACUGUUGUAUACCUCAUUUCUUAACUCAAAACUGAGUGAAACCUGCUUUAAUCUACUUAUAAGAGAAGAAAAAUGUUUUUAAAAGUUUUAAAAAAAAAUGUCGGUGGAGAAGCCUGCUCAUACCUGUACUGCCACAAGGUGGAGGCAGAUUACACACCAGUGCUUGUGAAUGUCUGCUGUUUUUUUUCCCCUUCACGACUUGUGCACACACGUGUCUUUACUUCUGUCAGAACUGAAAAAUCUGCAAUCUUGUUGCCACUUUAGUUAAUUUCCUACCCUCGUUUUUGUGUCUGUACCCUUCCUUUUAAGUUUGACAAUCCUGUUUUGUUUUGUUUUUUUGCUCAUAUUUUUGCUUGUUAUUUAUGACACGGUACAAGUAUGUGCAGGUUUCCUCCUGUCGUGGCCCGCUCUCGGUUUCCUGUGGUACCAACGCUAACCAAAGACUUCUAACUUGAUUGUACGCGAGCAACGCCGUCGUCUCGCCCAUCCCCGCCUCACUGCUCAGCAUCUAAUCCAGGCUGCACUCUCUCCACGUCCCUCAUCCUCCAGAGUCCCAAAGCGUUUAAGGGGAUGUUCUUUUUGUUUGUUUUGUUGUGCUUUUCUCGUAGUGAAUGUGCGUCCUGUCGGUGCAGCGGUUUCAGUGCCUGUGGGCGGGGAUCGGAGGGGGCUGAGCGGGCCUCUGUGACGGGCACGAACCAAUGUGGCGAUAGCUGGGUGAUGUUUGUUAAUACACUCUGAGGGUGGAUCCUGUGCACGCUGUACCUGCUCAGGACUUUGUACGUCCUCCCUGACUCUCUUCCAUUGCGUCUCUCUCUUUCUCAAGGACUUCUUCUUCCCCUUUCUCCCCCUCCAUGUCUCCAGAAACUCGUCCUUCCCUUCACCGUCGUCUCUUUACAGACUCUGUGACACUAUGCAUCACGGUCCGUCCCCGCCCGGUUCAGACCCGACGGGGCUUCGGUGACACUUUUGUCUAAGGCUUUACUCCAGGCGAGGCCGUCCGGCUCUCACAAGCGCUAUCCCAAAGCAAAAAUCCAAAUAUUUAAACUUUUUGACAAACGCAGAUACCAAAGAUCUCUCUCUCUCUGUCUUUCUCUCUUUGUCUCUGUCUCUCUCUGCCGCCCUUCCCGCCCUGCAGCAUGUGUAUUAAGAGACAAAACCCAGCUCUGGCUUUUAGUCCUUAGCCUCAGUAAUUCCAAAGCUUAGAUGUAUAUUUUGGUACAUUUCUGAGAAGAAAAAAAAAAAAAAACUUGUGUGAAAAGCGUCUGUUUGUUGUAACCUCUUUAUUAUUUUUUAUUUUAUUUUCUGUCACAGCAUGGAACUAAUUGCAGAGCUGUCUUACUCUUAGUAGGUUAAAGAUAUAGUAUUUUUGUAUGUUUUUUUGGGUGUGUCAUGUGUGCGAUUAUCAGUUUUCCGGCCCAGGCAACCACAGCUUUCAAUAAAAAACUGAAAAAAAAAAAAAAAAGAUGGCAACCAUGUACAUAUUAUGUCAGUGUAUCUCAAGAAAUGCGUUCUGUAAAACAAUUCAUGUUGGAAGCUUGGGCUGAUCUAAAGGAAUGUGUUCCUGUUUUAUUUUCCUCCUUUUUCUUACUCUGCAGUCUAUCGAUUUACUUUCCAGGACUCGAAUGUAAGGAGUUUUGGUUUUCACCUGAAAUACAACACUGAGAGAGGGACACUGCUCUGACAUUAUUACUAAAAAGAAUUUAAAAAAAAGAAAAAAAAAAGAAAAAGAAGUAAAGGCCUCCAGUCCUGGGGGUUUAGAAAUGAAAGAUUGUGUAGGAGUUUUAAGUAUGUGAAUCAGGAUACAUAGUAGAUUUUGAUGCAUUUGUCUGCUGUAUUUUUGUUUUUUGUUUUUAUACACAUACAAAGAUAAUCUUUUACUGUAAAUGUACAGUUCUUUUUUUUUUGUUGUAAACAUCAUUAAAACUGUUUUCCAAGUG